CGGCAGAAAAGGGAGCGCAGAAGAGAAAUAGAGGUGGAUGGGAGGAGAAAGGAGAUAGAGGAGAGACAGAGAAUCGAUAUCUUCUCUGAUUUCACUGUGAGAAUUUAGAAAGCGAAGCUCCUUACCAGAGCGGGGGUGAGCCGGUGAAGAUAAGCUGACCAAAGACGGAAGAGGAAGGGAAGCGAGGGUGCGUGCGCUGGGAUUCUCUUUAGGAUUGGAAUCUGCAAUGGACCCUAAGCCUGUAUUUAGUGGAUCAGUUGGGUAGCUUUGAGGUGUGAAUAAUGAGUCCCGUUCUUCCUGCUUGAACAUGCAGCUUGGGUAGCAAAGCCGACUGACAGGAGCAUCUACCUUUACGCGCUGCUUCCUCUUUGGACACACACACUAACUGUGUCAGCUCAACUCAAGCACAGCCAUGCUGAUCAAGGAGUAUCGGAUCCCCAUGCCUAUGAGUGUGGAGGAGUACCGCAUUGCUCAGCUCUACAUGAUCCAGAAAAAGAGCAGACAAGAAAGUUGUGGUGAGGGCAGUGGGGUGGAGAUCCUGGAGAACAAACCAUAUGAGGACGGCCCUGGCGGCUCGGGUCAGUACACUCACAAGGUCUAUCACAUCGGCAAACACAUCCCAUCCUGGUUCUGUGCCAUUCUGCCUCAAGCUGCCCUUCGAGUGGAAGAGGAGUCUUGGAAUGCUUACCCAUAUACGCGAACCCGGUAUACCUGUCCCUUUGUUGAGAAAUUUUCUAUAGACAUUGAGACUUAUUAUAAACCAGAUACUGGAAAUCAAGUGGAUGUCUUCAAUAUGUCCUCUGCUGAGAAAAGACAGAGGACUAUUGACCCCAUAGACAUCGUCAAGGACUACAUACCUCCUCAUGAGUACCUCGUGGAAGAAGACCCUAAGCUGUAUCAGUCAGUCAAGACUAAACGGGGUCCAUUGUCAGAGGACUGGAUUGAGGAAAUUGGCCUGAACCCGGGUCAGAGUUCCGUCAUGUGUGCCUACAAGCUGUGCAAAGUAGAGUUCAGAUACUGGGGCAUGCAGUCUAAGAUUGAACGCUUCAUUCAUGAUGUGGGCCUUCGUAAAGUCAUGGUUCGAGCCCACCGGCAGGCGUGGUGCUGGCAGGACGAGUGGUAUGGCCUGACUAUCGAGGACAUCAGGCAGCUGGAGCUGGAGACCCAGCUGGCCUUAGCAAAGAAGAUGGCCCAAUACAGCCUGAAUGAAGGAGGGGGAACAGAAGCCAACAACUCCUUCAUUAGCCAAGAGCAGGAGCAGGGAGCAGAGACAGUGGGCUCGACUGCAGAGGCAGAAGGAGCAGGAGGGAAGCUUGGAGAUUCACUUGAGACAAGAGGGGAGCUCACAAAACAAUGGUCAACGUCCUCUAGAUCCUCCAACAGGUCAUCAAAGCGAGGAGGAAGUCCAUCUCAUCAGAGCAUUUCAGAGUGGAGGAUGCAGAGCAUUGCCCGGGACUCUGAGGACAGCACAGAUGAUGAGUUCUUUGAUGCUCAUGAGGACUUUUCUGAUAAUGAAGACAUGUUUUCCAAGGAAAUCACCAAGUGGAGCUCAAAUGAUCUGAUGGACAAAAUAGAAACAAUAGAAGUGGAUGAAGGACAAGAAACCUUGUACCAGGAGUCGGUCGGGGAGUAUGCCGUCAAUCUGGAGACACAGAUAGAGGAUUGUUCAUCUCAGCAGUGUGUACAGCCUUCCAAAAUCCAUGUACUCAUUUUGGUCCUGCAUGGAGGCAACAUACUGGACACUGGCUCUGGAGAACAGAACAGCAAACAGGGAGAUGUAAACACGCUAAGUGGAGCUUUUGAGGCUGUGAUGAGGGUCCAUUACCCUUCAGCACUGGGCCGCAUUGCCAUUCGAAUGGUACCCUGUCCUGCUGUGUGUGUCGAAGCAUUCUCGCUUGUGUCCAAUCUUAGCCCCUACAGCUACGAUGAGAGCUGUCUAUCCAGCAGUCAGGACCACAUUCCACUGGCUGCGCUUCCUCUUCUGGCUACUUCUGCACCACAGUACCAAGAUGCCGUGGCAACCGUCAUCUUACGAGCCAAUCAGGUUUACAGCGACUUCAUCAGAUCUUUGGAAGGAGCUUCUUUUAAUGGCCAGGUGUGUGUUAUUGGGGACUGUGUUGGGGGUAUUCUGGGCUUUGAUGCGCUGUGCAGCAGUUCUGUGACGGUAUCAGAAAGCCAAAACAGCAGCAGACGGGGCAGUGCCAUUAGUGUCCAGGACACAGAACUUCUUUCUCCUGGUAUCGUCAUAAACAGUGUCUCUUCUUCCUCGCCAUCCCUCGAAGGAAGCCGCCAUCUGAGCCGCAGCAACAUUGACAUCCCUCACUGCUCUGGGCCUGACGACCCCAAGAAGCAGCUACCACGCAAACGCAGCGACUCCUCCACGUACGAGCUGGACACCAUCAAACACCACCAAGCCUUCCUCUCUAGCCUUCACGCCAGCGUUCUCCACAGAGAGGCUGGAUCCCGGCGUUCCAGCAACAGCACCAUGUUGGAGGGAGGAUCUCUGGGGAAGUUUGAAUUUGAAGUGACUGACUUCUUCCUGUUCGGCUCUCCACUCGGGCUGGUGCUUGCACUGAGGAAGACUGUGGUGCCCACUCUGGAUGUGUCUGCGCUGCGUCCAGCCUGCCAGCAGGUUUACAACAUGUUUCAUCCAGCUGACCCCUCCGCCUCUCGUCUUGAGCCUCUCCUAGACAAGAGGUUCUACCUGCUGCCUCCCUGUAGCGUCCCCCGCUAUCAGCGCUUUCCUCUGGGUGAUGGACAUUCGGCUCUCUUGGUUGAAACUGUGCAAAGUAACCCCCAGCUUCUGAUAGAGUCUGGCAGUACAGCAUCACAUCGCAACCAGGAAAGUACUGUCAGUGAGACCUCCAUCCCUGUGCCUGUCCUCAACUGGCAGACCUCCCAGAGCAACACAGAGAUGGAUACCCUUCACUCGCAUACUCUUGUUGAUGGUCAGCAUCCAUCAUCAACAUCACCAGGGAUUCCUCACUUUCGCUGCACCCGUAGAGCCAGUGAGGCCAGCAUAGCCAGCCAGGUGUCAGGCUUAGCUGACUCUUACACCGCCUCCAACAUCGCUACGACAAGCAAAUGUGAAGUGAGCCACACUAAAAGGCCCAGUCUGCUGUCACAGCUGCAUCUACCCUACCAUAGAUUUGCCUCUCGGAGCACACCGCCUCAGUUGCGCAAGAAAAUUCGUCAGGUUUUUCCGAGAUCCAAUGGUGUGGAGUCCGAGCACAGCUCGGACGUUAGCUCUGACAUGACUUCUGACAUGACCUCUGACCUCACUGAUGUUACGUCUGACAUCACUGACAUCAGCUCGGCACCCCCGUCGCCCGGGGUGCUGAAGAACAUAGAGAAAGUUGCCUCUCGGUGGUGGGGCAGUAAGAGGAUGGACUAUGCUCUUUACUGUCCUGAUGCCCUGACAGCAUUUCCAACCGUGGCUCUGCCUCAUCUUUUCCAUGCCUCCUACUGGGAAUCUACGGACGUUGUCUCAUUUAUACUCAGACAGGUAAUGAGACAUGAGAAUUCUGGUAUUUUGGAGCUGGAUGGUAAAGAAGUGUCUGAAUUUACUCCUUCAAAACCUCGGGAGAAGUGGCUUCGAAAGAGGACUCAUGUUAAAAUUCGGAAUGUGACAGCUAAUCAUCGCGUGAAUGACGCCGUGUUCACAGAGGAUGGAGUGCAGACACUGACGGGACGUUUCAUGUAUGGUCCUCUGGACAUGGUCACACUAACUGGAGAAAAGAUUGACAUUCACAUCAUGACCCAGCCUCCCUCUGGAGAGUGGGUGUACUUUGACACGGAGCUCACUAACAACAGUGGACGUGUCUCUUAUGUAAUUCCAGAGAGCAAGAGGCUGGGUAUCGGGGUAUAUCCUGUCAAAAUGGUGGUCAGGGGCGACCACACAUUUGCAGACAGCUAUCUUACUAUUGUACCACGAGGAACAGAGUUUGUUGUAUUCAGCAUUGACGGGUCAUUUGCUGCCAGCGUCUCAAUAAUGGGGAGUGACCCUAAGGUUCGAGCAGGGGCUGUGGAUGUGGUAAGGUACUGGCAGGACUUGGGCUAUCUGAUAGUCUAUGUCACAGGUCGUCCUGACAUGCAGAAGCAGCGUGUUGUUGCCUGGCUCUCCCAGCAUAACUUCCCAAAUGGCAUUGUCUCAUUCUGCGACGGCCUGGUGCAUGACCCUCUCCGACACAAGGCCAACUUCCUCAAAACCCUCAUCAACGAGGCCAACAUGAGGAUAUUUGCUGCCUAUGGCUCCACCAAGGACAUAUCAGUGUACACUUCUAUUGGCCUGCCUCCAUCUCAUAUCUAUAUAGUGGGAAGGCCCACAAAGAAAAUGCAGCACCAGUGCCAGUUCAUCCUGGAUGGCUAUGCUUCCCACCUAUCUCAGCUGGAGUACAACCAAAGGUCUCGCCCUGCCAAGACCGCCAGUACCCGUAUGGUCCUCCGGAAGGGCAGCUUUGCUCUGGGCACAGCUGGAGGAGACUUCCUCCGGAAACGGAACCACAUCUUUCGCACCAUCUCCUCUCAGCAGCCUGGAGGGUCGGGGUCAUGCUCACCCAGCCAGCCAGGCCGGACUGAGCGCACGCUCAGCCAGUGUGAAGUGGAACGCGAUAGAGGGGUCACAGCAGCAGCACAGAGGAGUAUGAGUAUAGCUGCGGGGUGCUGGGGGCGCAGCAGCAGCACCAAGGAGGGCAGUGUAGGCUUACAUGGCCCCAAGUAAUGUUUAAAUAAAAGCUUUGGUAUAAAGGACCCUGGCUGAGCCACUAUGAUCUCUGGACUAAGAUAAAAGAAAGGUGAAGAAAAGAUGUGAGCGUGUGGAUGAUGGGUCUGUGGAAGGAAUACACAUACAUGGUUUAGCAUAAAUAACCCAUAAUUAAUAGAGAUUAGGAAGGAGCGAUAAGUAGGGAUCUGUCCAGGAGGAGUGGACUAAUCAGGCCAAGUGGGAUCUAGAGAACAAAACAGUUCUGUAGCAUGACUCUUUUACAGUAAUACUUUUAUAGGAUAUACCACUAUUUAAAAAAAAAAAUGACAAAGGAAGGAUUAAAAAAAAGAAAUUGUAAGCCUUAAACUAAUCUCGUCUAACGGGAAACCCUCCCUUCUCCUUUCCAAACAACACACUGUCCAAACAUUCACACUCAUGAGCUCAGGACAAACUGCAGAGCCAGAUUGAUCUUCAGACAGUCAACCAUGGGACUGAGGCUAAGUUCGUUUGGCAGCCGUGGCAAAGGGCCAGUGAUUUACACUUGAGUUUCUUUUCCACUGUUUUGGAACACAGCAGUGACUGGCAAUAAGUAUAGAAAACCCUCAUGAUGCAAAAACAGAAAAGCAAAUCUAUCAAAAAGUAAGUAGAGACCAAAUGGAGACCUUACUGUAAAGGAUCCGUUCAUCCAAACUCUACCAAAAGAGAUUCUAUUAGUAGCUAUUUUAACUAGCCACAGCAUGUUAGUGUAAACAAAAUCCAUCCAGAAGGUUGUUAGGUUAGAUGCUUUAGUUACUCUCUUCCCAUUUCUUACCAUCAGCCUGUCAGCUGGCUUCAUAAAGGAUUCGCCAAUUCCAUUUUACUCCACCCUAUUUAUCUGGCUGGUACUUUUUGGUUUUAUUUGUCCAGAAGUAUCUAAACAUUAAGAUGAUGUAAAUGUAGGUGGAAGUAUUUUCUGUCAUGAAAAUGUACCUGAGAGUCUGCCAGGGUCCAAACUCUCUUUGUUACCACCUAAAAUCACCAUGCUAACAAGCUAAACCAGAUUAGGAAAAAAGCUUGCAGCGUUGUUACUGGAGAAAUGAUAGCAUGAGAAUGCUAGCAUUGAGUUAAGUGUAAUGGACCACAAACGAAUUACCUUCAUGGUAUUGUGCUGGCAGAGAUUUUAAAAGAAUCUCUAAAUUUUCUAUUUUUAGAUACCAAAAGAUAUGAAUAAAGAAAUGUGUAUUUUGGAUGAAUUGAUCCUUUGAACAAUAAGGGCUGGAUUUGUGAAAUAUACUGCAUCACAGCGGAAAGUACUUGUCGUCUUAGUCACAGAUCAGUCCUGUUCAUGCUUCUUAAAACAUACUGAUAGCAGAUCGGCCAUUCAGUUUUCAUUCCACCCUGUGUGAAACUCUAUAGUAUUUUCUGUUUCCGUGUGGCCUCUGGGCCAUCCAAGGCCUUAAUAUCCCACAAGACACUUUCUUUGCAGAGGAUACGGAAAGCAGAAAAACAGGGCAUGCAGCAUUAAAGCAACAACUGAGACUCUGUACAGUCCACAGCAACUAUCCCUUUAUUUAUAUAUAUAUCUAUAUAUAUAUUCAUCUGCUUGCAAUACCUCAGAUCCACCUGCUGGUGGUGUUUUGUUUCCCAUAGUUGCUGCUGCUGGGAGACACUUUUGUGGUGUUUCCUGGGUAUUUGCUCUUUUUUCUCAUAGGAUAUAAUGCAGGCUGGACCUGGAGCCUGUUUCAUUUCAGACUGAACUGGAAGGGAGCGCUUUCACUCACAAAGAUGUUUCAGUAUUUGUACCAAAUGGACUAAAGAAUGAGCCGAAGUGAUUCAGCUCGAAUGUUGAAAUGACUGAAUUAUCAGUGUGUGUGAAGUAUGGGAGAUGAGUCCCAUUGGCCUCUCUUUCCCUUUAAAGAAGAUGAAGCCACCUCACAUCUCUGACCCAAAUCCAAAAAAACCCAAAAACUAUGGGCACAUAGCAGGCAUAAAUGUCACUGUUUAAAUAAUAGGUAAAAACAUUUACAGGUAUGGUAAAUAAAAAAGUCAGGUGCCUGUGUGAACACUGAAACAGUAAAACUAGCCAUGAAGACAUACCCUACACAGUGUGCUUCCAGUUUAGGUGAUAGUGGACAGAAUCCACUAAGCUUAUUUUUGGCAAAUGUUAACAACUAAACAACAUCUCUUGAAAAAUUUUAGCCAGUGUUCAGGGUGUUCUACUAAGGGCUGCACAAAACUGAAUGACAAGACCUUUUAAUGUAUACCUUUAAAAUGAUCCAAAUUCAGUCAAUAAGAGCUAAAAAUGUUUUUUAAAAAAAGUGUUUAUGAAGAUAGUUAAAAAAAAGGCCAUAUACUCGAUUUUUAAAAUCAACCCUUCUUAUAUUGCAAUAGAAUUGUUUUAAUAUAGCUAGUUUUUAAAGUUAUUCAUUUUUAUACACACCCUGUAAUAAUUUGACUUGACCUGACACAAAGAUGAAAUUUAAAACCUUGGAAAUCAUUUACUUUAAUCUUUUAAGCCAAAUUUUCAAAAGAAUAUUUAUAAUAGUAAUAACAAGCAUAAAUCCUAAUGUGUUUUUGCAUGAACUGGAAGUCUAAGUCUAAACAAAUGAUACGUAGUUCUACAUAUGGAUGCUUGGUAUAGACUUAAAUAAUUAUAACUACAACCGUUUCAGUGUUCAGAUGAGCAUCUGGCUAUUUCUGAAGCAUGAAAAAUUGUGAAUCUGUCCUUUAAGCCUUCGUGUAAGGAUGUAUGGAGCAGCCGCACUGCUUGUCACCCUCAUUUUACUAUGCUGUUAUUUCACAUGCCCAGUUUCCACACUACACAAGAGUGCAUCUGUUUCCAGUCUGUGUGAUCCAGACCGUCUUGAACCCACCACAAAAGCCAAAAUCAUUCUCUAAUACUGUAGUUAAUCAACAGCGUAACCUCAUUAUCCUUUUUUGCACUAGUUUACAGUGGAAUAUACUGUAGUUACCAUCUCAUGUUGCUGCAUUUGAACACCUUUGUAGUGCAUGACAUUUUUUAUUUAUGUCAGGAUAUGAUAUAUGUGCUGGUAUGCAUACGUCUGUACAUUUGGUCACAAUAUGAAAAUGAUGUACGUAUAUGUGCCAAAUAGUUAACAAGGAACUCUACAGAAGUCUUUAGACCAGGAGUUUUCAAAGCCUGAUAUUGUGCUCCCCCACUGAUGCACAUCUAUGCCCACACUCUGUGUUCUCUUAACAGGCAUAUUUUUCUGUUUGGUGGAUGAUUAUUCUCAAAGUUUUGGAACUACAGUAACUGUAAUUCUUUAAAAAUUAGUGCAAUCUAAUGUAGACUCCUGAAGUUUACCUUUAAAAGCGCACUUUUCCUUCUUAUGUUAUGUUAUCUUACAAUAACAUGACAUACAAAAACCUGAUUUCUUUGUGCUAUUGGCUACAUACACAGCACACCCAGAAAUAUCCUCCUGAGAAGCGAGGAAAAAACAAUCUUUCUAUUGAACUUUUUUGUGAUUUCCUUCCUCUUUGGAGAUAAAAGACAAAACCCAUGAAAUAUCAAUGGAAAUCCCAGGAUGUCAUCUAUUUAGCACAUCAGGACUUAGUAGGUUAGCUCAAAUAAGUCAAAAACAAAUGUCCAUUACAGAGGACACAUAAAUGAAUGGGCUGGUUCUCAGGAGGAUAUAACUCUCAGAUAAUCAGUGCUGCUCCUCAGCAAGCUUCCAGCAGUUGGGCAGUCAGAAGAAAGGGGGCUUUUUGGGGUCCAUUUAAGGUGUCCACCUUAAAUGGACAAACAGGAUCUUCUAGUUGUGAAGCAACAGUACUUACUGCUCUACUACUGUGCCACCAUACUGCAAGAGGUGUCUCUUCAAAUCCAUUUCCUAAUUUUCCUACUAUCUACUGCUGUCUUUGUUUUCAUUUGGUUUCAAAGGUGCAAAAUGAGAAAGAUUUCAAGUUUAAAAUCUUCUUUUUACUGAGUAGACAAGGGUUUUUUGUUGUUGUUGGUUAACCCAGAUACUUAGAAGACUCAUUGAGGAAUCCAGAAAAUCAUUUAGAACAAUGGUGACUAUUUUUUUAAAGGAAUGUAAUUAGCUUUGUGACUUGACUACAUGCUGAUAUCUGAGAAGCACAGACUAUGGCUAGAGGAUUAGGAGUUUUUCUUAUCUUUGUUUCUUUUCUUUAAAAAACAAAAUAAAAGAUUUUGGCCCCAUUAAAAGCAUUUUAGCAAUUGUCUUAGCUAUUAGCUCUUCCUGUUUGCACUGUACCCAUGAAGAACUGUCUGCUUAUUAGUCAUGGGUACUGGAUAUAGCAAUGUCUUCUGAAAGUCUAUGGCCCAUUGAAUCUAAAGAUACAUAUAUCACAUAGAUCCACUCAUUUUUAACUUGGAAAUUAAAGGGCCAAAAAAGACAACUAGUGCUUCCUGUUGCUCUCAAACACUUCUGUGCACCUGUACAAUCCACCUGACACAGAUGGGAGGUUGUCAUAGUUUGAAAACCCCUGAUGCAUACUGUAUCCAGCCUUUCGUAAGAAGGGGAAGUGUGUACUGAGAGCAAACGUCUUAAUGCUUUGACUGGAUUUUGAUUUGCUGACUACAUAAUAUUAAAUUGAAUGUUGCAUGUGAAAAAAAAAUGGGCAAAAUGUUUUGACCUUGUAGAACAGAGUCUGAGCGUGCUGCCAAAACCUUGGACAAUAUGCUAGACUGAAAGAAGUCCUGGAGUUUAAGUGUGACUGCCUGUCGUGAUGUGGGUGGUUUUAUGGAUGCAAACACUUUUUCCCAUUUGGCCAUUUUGGCUGCUGAGUUGAAUGUCUGUCCAUCUGGAUUCUGACACUGUUCAGGAGCCAAGGAUGUGUCACUGUACAUACUGUAAAGAUAUAUAUGUAGGAAAUAUAGGGUCGAGGUUUAUUUAUUUAUUUAAGGUUCAUGACGUUACUCUGGAAAUUUCAGGUGAACUAUAAUGGAAAUAUGUAGCAUUUUAUUUGUCAUUUUGGCAGUCAUUGAGGCUAUGGACCAACACAGGAAGCUUUUAUGUUCCUACCAGUGCAAUAUUGUUCUUCACAUCACAGCAGGGGCACAAUCUACCACAAUACAAUCUACAUGCAGUCUGAAAGCAUACAUGUCCAUACACUACGUGCAGCUUUUUCACACCAUGUGAAAACUGUUUGUAUUUGAGCUGCUGUAGACAUCUGCUGUCUCUUACAACAGUCAAGUAUGUUUUAUAGGACUAUUGUACCUAUUUUUCAAGCUGCAGUAUUUUACAAAACCUUUGCAAUAUAACUCAAGACAUUUUUUCUCAGCCAGCAGUAGGUGCAUGGAAAAGUAAAAGCCCAUAACAGAAAACAAUAUUUAACAAACUGUUGCUUUUUGUCUAAUCCGACUUAAAAUUACAUAACCUACACUGGUAAGAAUAAUAAAUGAACUCUUCUCCACUAUGUCCUUACAAUUAAACUGAACACUUACAUAUAAAAACAAAAACAAACAGCAGAAUAUAUUUCCUGUAAUCACAAUUAUUGCCACUUUGGGAUAAGAAUGAUUAAAUAUAGAGACCUACAUCUUUAGUUUUAAAAAGUGCAUUAUUAGUUUGUGGUUUCACUUUCUAAUAACACACCCUUUGUGAAAGGGUAAACAUUAUUGUAUGCUGAAUAAGUCACUGGACACGUUAGUCCAAAGAGACCACUUUUCAUUUCAGUCUAUGAGAUGACUGCUCAGUUUAGCUUUAAUGCUGACACUGUGAAAAAUGUUAGCACCCACUGUUGCUUCUAUGAACAGCAUUUUAGCAAACUAAUUAUUUGGCACUUAUUGAAAAUUCAUGUUUAAAACCUUCCUACAUUUUCUAAAGCUAAUAAAAGUAUUUGUAAUGACUUCUGUAAACUCAUACCUGAAACAUGUAUGUAUUGUACUGAAGAGGUAGUCAUGUAAAAUGAAAGCAUGCCUACUGAUUAAAGUUCUUAAUUGAUGACUAUUUAGUAUUUAUAAUAGGAUUACAAAUGUUUUUAAAAGCCAUUAUAAGUGAAACAAAGCUGCCAAAUAAAAGUCGGUUUUGAUUAAUAUCUUUAAAUGAAUAAAUCUUUUAGAAAAAGUUCCUUAUUAGAAAGUGGGACUGACAAUUUAUUGAUGUCCACCUUUAGCGCCAUAUCAUAUUUUGUAUGUACACAUCUGAAAUAUAAUGCCGCAGAUGCUGUAGGACCGUGACAAAGUGUAUAGUGGCAAUAAUUAAUAUACACUUUCAAUAUAUGCAUAGUAUGGGAUUAGAGUCACAUGCACAAAAUUUAUUUUAACAUCAUCUAGUUUUUAUAAGCAGCACUAUAAACACUUAAUGGUUUAUAACACAUUAAAAUGUAGCUCUACAUAUUCAUUUAUUAUAUUUGUAGCAAUUUUAAUUGCCCUGUAACCAUUACUGCAUCAUUAAUUCUUGCUUUAUGUGUGAUUUCCAUUUGUUUUACUUUUUUUUAUAUAUAUAUAAUUGCAGGAAUAGACAAACACUUUGUAUCUGCUUACAGUUUCAUUAUUGCAUCGUUAAAUGUUUAUAUACUGCUUAUAUUUGCUAGGAAAGGGUUGCAUAAAAUAGUACUUCUCUGCGCCAUGUUAGCUGUUGCAUAGAUUGUCAUUACCCAUUUUAUAUGUUUUAACUGAUUCUUUGAUCCAUGACACUGACAGCCAGUAACUAAGAUUCCACAUGUACUUAAUUAGGGACACCAGAAUUACUUUUCCAAGUGAUUUAGACUCACAUUUUCAGUAGGUACAGAUGUGUCCUUGUUCAUACAGUAUGUGUUCUGGUAGAUUUAUGACCCCCAGCACUCACCAUUAUCCUCUGUACUGUGGAAUAAAUAUAAUUGGAUGAUAAA